AUGAGCUCCAUUAAAGUCUAUUACACCAGCGUGUCAGGGUCUAGAGAGGUGAAGCAGAGACAGGAAGAAGUUACCAGAAUUUUAGAUACUUACAAAAUAAAAUAUGAAUUAAUAGAUAUUUCUGUGAGUUUGAAAAUACUUCAGGAAAUGAGGACUAAAGUUUCUACCCCUAGGGCUCUGCCACCUCAGAUAUUCAAUGGCCAAGAAUAUUGUGGGGAUUUUGAAAUGUUUCACAAGGCAAAGGAGAACAAAGAGAUUCUGAAAUUCCUGAAGAUGGAAUGA